GCCGAAGUCAUUCUCGCAUAUUACUGUAUACGCAACGCUUACUGGCAGCAGGCUCGCUACCACGCGAGCGCAGCGGCGACCCUUGCUCUGGACCAUCAGCUUCAUGAGCCCCCACGCUGUAGCACCCCCCUUACCGAGCUUCAGUAUCAAGGCCGCCCCUAUCUUGAGCUGAAGGAUCAUCUCAAUCCCGAAGCCCGCCGAAAAGCCUUCUACUACGUUUGUUUCCUGGACAAGACCCUGUCGGUGGUCACGGGAAAUAGAUCCAUGCUGACAUUGGAGGAUACAUCUUGGCUCCUCGCAGAGCAACGUGAAGAAUCGCAGCCAGGUGAUGUCUUUGCUUUGGGCGCAUGCGUAGCAAUAGCUUUCCACCAUGCUUCCACUCUUUGUACGAAGGACAACACAGACAUAGAUGCCGUGCAAGAUCAUGACCGGGUAUCAAGCUCUUUGUUAGUCAAGGUAGACAAUCUGCGAACCGGCGAGCUACCCAUAGCCGAUGCCCGGUUCUAUCUUAUCUACAAGAUGUUGCUGCUCCUCACUCGGAUCUAUCUCCGAUUACCUUUUGAAGAUAGUAACCCUUCUGCACGAUCGGAAGUGGUCGACCUACUGGCGGAGUUCUGCCAUACAGCAUCGGAGGUCGACAUGCCGUCACUCAAAAUCUUCAACCCGGUGAUGAGUAACUUCUGGGUCGCGACCUGUUAUCUCAUCCGCAAAGAAUUGCAGUGCGAAGAGAAUCACGGACGUUCGCUGUCGGCGAGAUCGAAGUUGGUUGAAGGGCUUGAUUAUCUAUUACAUUCACUCAUGGCGCUGAGUCCGGAGGUGCCACUGAAAAGCUACCGCGAGAAGCUCGAGGCUAUCAUGCCCAUGCUUUGAGGCGAUAUCUCUUUGUCCCCAAUGCUGUGUUUUGUACCUAUGUUAAUUUGCAUCAUU